UGAGCUCAGUGUAAAAACGUAACUUUCACUUUUAAUUUCUCUGUAAAUGGUCAUGCAUUAAGGCGGGGUUUUUAGCACAACAUAAAAACAGUUUCAAGCUUCAAGCAGAAACCCGUUCAUAUAGCUUAAGUCUCUUCUUUUCGAAACUUUAAAACCAUCUCUGUUUUUGUCAAAAACUAAGGACGUAUUGGAGAAUAGAAAAUAAAAAGGUCUGUGUCCUGAGGAAGCAACGAGUCAUGGGUAACAAAGAACAGGAUUUCAUGUCACUGCUUACAGGACAGGCAGCCAUUCUAGGAAAGUGUAAAACUGCCUUUUGCCAUGCUGUUAAAGAGAAAUUUAAUUGCACAGCUAUUUUUCACAAUGUGGAAGAGGCUGGUUCCUUUGGUAGAAACACAAGUGGUGACUGGAGUGCUGAGAUGAGGUACUCCCAAAAGCUGUCCAGCAGAGUUGAAGUAUCAGUCUGGAAAGAUGAUCUUACACGUCAUAAAGUGGAGGCUGUGGUCAAUGCAGCUAAUGAGAAGCUAAGUCAUGGUGCAGGUCUUGCACAAGCCCUGAGUGAGUGUGGGGGACCAAUGAUCCAGAAAUGGAGUGAUGAUAUUAUACAGCAAUAUGGAAGAGUAAAAACAGGUGAAGCUGUACUCACUCCUGCUGGAAAUCUCCCAUGUAAACAUAUCAUACAUGCUGUGGGUCCUAGAUUGUCUCAAUAUCCAACCCACAAACAGGUUGCUCAAGCUACACCCUUGUUAAAAAAUACUGUCAUUAGUAUCCUACAAAUAGUUGUAAGUCAAAACAUUACCUCUGUUGCGAUUCCUGCUUUAAGUUCUGGCCUUUUCAAUUUUCCGAGAGAUUGCUGUGCAGACAUUAUUGUUGAUACUAUAAAACAGUUCCAUGAAAAGGGAAGGUUUCAAGGCAAGAAUGUAGAAAUCCAUCUGGUCAAUAAUGAUGAACCCACAGUCAAAGAAAUGGAGAGAGCCACUAGGACGAUUUUAUUUCCAACCAGCACCUCUGCUUCAUACAGUGGGGCUGUGAAAGGCCAAAACCAGACCAUGACUUCCUCUUCAUGCAGCAGUUUGCAGUUUAGGAACAUAACACUGUGGCUUAAAAAAGGGUCUAUUGAAGAUGAAAAGGUUGACGUUAUUGUAAAUACCAUAGCAUCAAACUGUGAUUUGACCCAGGGGUUGAUUUCACAAGCAAUUCUGAAAAAAGCUGGCAGCAAGAUUCAAGAUGAGAUUAACAGUAAAAUCACUACCCUAAAUUUGACAAGAGUUAAUCUCUAUGUGACAAAAGGAUAUGAUCUGGAUUGCUCAGCAGUUUUUCAUACUGUAUGUAAGCAUCGGUCUGAGUCUAAGGCUGAACAGACUCUUUACAGUGUGGUAUGGGAUUGUCUGAAGAAAGCUGCUUCAGAUCACAAGUCCAUCUCUUUCCCAGCUAUUGGUACUGGUAAUCUGGGCUUUAAGAAAUGGGAGGUUGCCAAAAUUAUGACCGAUGCUGUGGAAGAAUUUGCAAAAAAGAACACAAAGAAACUAGAUGUAAAUUUUGUUGUGUUUACAAAGGACAAUGAAACGAUGGAGGCUUUCAGAAAAGAGAUGAAAAAGAGGAAAGGAGAGGCAAUGUCCCCAGAAGUACGCAGUGACAUGACAAGCUUUGGUUCUGCAGCCAAAGAAACAAUGGCAAAUGAAAUGCCCACUGUUGAGUUCAUCUCCGGGAACUCCAGAGAAGCUCUGAUAGAAGCAAAAUCAUGGGCAUUUGAAAUGCUAGGCCCAUCAGAUUACAUGGUAAUAAAGAACAACCAUGUCAUAUAUCUUGACCAAAGAGACCACAAAAACCUCCUCUCACUCCAAACAAAGUUUCAUGUUCACAUCAAGGAGUUCUUCAGGAAUGGUAAUGGUGGAAUAACCAUCACAGGUAACCCUCCAGAUGUCAGUUGUGCAGCAAUUGAGGUGGAGUCCAUGCUCUGUAAGGCCCAGGAGGAAUUCGCAAAAGCUGAAGAACGUGACAUUCUGUAUUCUGUGGUUCGCUGGAGCUGUAAAGAUGUUCCUUGGAUACAAACACCUGAAAUCAGUGCAGAUUUGGAGAAAGCUUAUCUAGCACGGAUGGAAAACUAUGUGUUCAAUAACCACAAGGUCAACUUGAUAUCCAUGAUUUUGGUUGAUGACUAUGGCAUAAGCAGCAAUGUGGAAAGGACAUGCCUGUUGGCUCCUGUCAAGUCCUUUAACAAUUCAUUUUAUUCAAGAGAACCUGUGAUCAGGAAUGAUUUUGUUGGAAAAGAUGUAAGGAACGCCAUCGAUGCUUGUGGGCUCUUUAUUAAAAAGGUGGAGAAGCUAGAGAACACUCCGCUGAAGCAGCUGUUCAAAAUGAACAUGCAGAGAGUGAAAGACAAGCCGAAGCGCCUCUACCAGCGUGUGUCAGCUCAGUUCUGUGAUCUCAUCUGCCGAGUAGGCUUUCAGAAAGAGUUUGCCCCUCCUGAAGAACAAAAGUAUGGCAGUGGAAUAUACUUCAGCAGUACAGUGGAUGGAGCCCUGAAGCUGUGGAAGGAGCAGAAACAUGAGCAGUUCAUCUAUAUCAUUCAGGCCCAGGUCCUCACUGGGACACACACGAUUGGUUCUCCACAAAUGAUUUUGCCCCCUCCCUUAAGUGAAGACCCUUUGGAUCGUUUUGAUAGCUUGUCUGACAUGGGACAGACACAUAUAAUCUUCAGCAGUCAACAAGCUCUACCUGAAUACCUGAUCAUAUGUGCCAGAUCAACCAAUGUGUAGUUACACAAAGCAAUAUGAAAUAACAUAGCACACCAAUCAGUCAAGCCACGUUUUUUAUUUGAAUUUUGAUUUUAAAAACAUAAGCUUCUAAAACAAAGUUAUCACACAAAUAAAACUGAACUACACAAAUAAGGAAUAAAGGUCUUUGUAAUAAUUUGUCCAAAUCACGUUACUGGAUGAGUGAUGAUAAUGGAUGCAAGGUUGUUGUUUUUUUAUGUGCUAAACCUUUAUGUAACUGGCUUUGAACUGCUUCUUACUUUCGGACUAAUCAUGGCAGGUCUUACCUGAAUUGCUCCAUUAUUGUUUGUUACUUUUAACAAAGUUACAUAAAAUUGUGUUUUUAAUAUAAAAAAAAUAUUUAAAAUCAUUAGGGUUAGGUUAAAAUAGCAAUUGUUUUCUUGUAAUAAGUUCAUAGUUAUUAGCGGAUUACAACAGAAUGCACAUGAGGGUUUUCUGUUAGCUUUUUUGUUUAAACUGAUUCCUUAACCAAUGCCAUACAAAUGAACUGUUUAUUUGAUCAGUAAUGAAAUGUAUGUGAUGUGAUUUUAAUUACAAUGUUUUGACUCGAAUAAAUGCCAAAUUUCAACAAAAA